CGGUAACAGCCUGGGCCAUCAAUGAUUAACUGCGCGCCCGGGGAGCCGGGUGUCGCCGAGCGUGGCCGCCCGCGCCCGGCGCGCUGAGCCUGCGGAGCGUUCGGUCCCGAACCGCCGCCGGGGGCUCCGGCACGGCUGCGAGCGCUGCCGCCGCACCGCUAGGAGAUACAGUCUGUUGGAGAAGAUAGAAAAAUAGGAACGGAAACUGGAGUAAUUUGCAGUGAGACACUACUCUCCUCUGAAUAGAGAUGGCAGAAAUCAAUUCUCCUGUAAAUAUCAAGGAAAAGAUCAAUGCAAUCCGAUCAAUUGUUCCGAACAAAAGCAAUAAUGAGAUAGUUCUGGUGUUGCAGCAAUUUGAUAACAAUGUAGACAAGGCUGUUCAAGCUUUCAUGGAUGGCAGUGCAGCUCAGGUUCUAAAGGAAUGGAAUAUGACAGGGAAAAAGAAGAACAAUAGGAGAAAAAGAAGCAAAUCUAAACAGCACCAAGGCAAUAAAGAUCCUAAAAACAAGAAUAGUGGACCUGAGAAGGCAUCUCAAGAGCCUCAGCAAAUAAAUGACUGUCAUAUGAAUGGAUGCCCUAAGGACAGCUCUGGCCGUGGUUCUGCCAACCAGAAACUGGAAACCUCUUCUCUUGAGAACAAAGGCUCCGGAUUUGUAGGGUCAGCACAGGACUGUCCAGAAAGCAAAGACACCACGCAUCAUCAGUUGAAUAAAGUGAUACAUAAAAAACAUCUUCAGAAUGAAGGAUCAUCCAUUCAUCAAAACAGAGAACGAGAGCGCCAGAGAGUAUCUGUGGAAUUAAACCCAAAGACUGUGAAUGGAGUAGAACAGCAUGAGCCCCUUCAGUCAUCAGUUCAACUCCAGUGUAACCUAGGCAGGCCAAAGUCAAAAUCUUCCUCAGUUAAAUCACCCAAUGCGUCAACCCAACCUGAAACAAAGACAGAUGAUUCAGUCAAAAAAAGAGGGCCAAACAUUGAAAAGUCAGUAAAAGACUUGCAGCGUUGCACUGUUUCUCUAACCAGAUACCGUGUGAUGAUCAAAGAGGAAGUGGAUAAUUCAGUGAAGAAGAUCAAAGCUGCUUUUGCAGAAUUACACAGCUGCAUUGUAGACAAAGAAGUGUCAUUAAUGGCAGAAAUUGAUAAAGUUAAAGAAGAAGCCAUGGAAAUCCUGACUGCUCGGCAGAAGAAAGCAGAGGAGCUGAAGAGACUGGCAGACCUAGCCAGUCAGAUGGCUGAAGCACAACUCUCUGAACUCAGGGCUGAAAUUAAGCACUUUGUGAGUGAACGGAAAUACGAUGAAGAGCUGGGCAGGUCUGCCCGAUUUUCCUGUGAUACAGAGCAGCUGAAGACCCAGAUUCAACUCUGUGGAGAAAUUUCUCACCCAAAGAACAACUAUUCCUCAAGAACACCAUGUAGUUUAGUGCUAUCUUCAAUGACCUCACAUGCAACAACUGGCAAACAAAAUAUGCACAACCGAAAGUCCUCUAGUAAUGCCAAGAACUCUGAUAAUAAAACAGCCAGCAGUAAAGUACAAAGUUAUCCUUCCAAUCCUACAGAAUCUUCUUCUCAAGGAGUCCCCACAAAUAAGCAGAAUGGGCCUUCUAACCAGAGACGAAGAUUCAACCCACAGCACCAAAACAUGCGACUCAAUGGAUCUCAUAAGUCACAAGGUGCCAGUAAUGAGGCAGAUCAAAAUACAAAGAGUGGUUCCAGGUCUGAGCACAGAAGACAGCAGCAUAACAGCUUUCGAUCUAAAAAUAAAGGAGCUAUGAAAAAUCAAGAGCUGUCUACAGCUGCAAGGACCACAGAGAAUGCGACGCAUUCGGAGAAGUCCCGGCGGAAGCAUCACACACCAGACACCACAGAGCACAGGGCUUUCCAAGGCAGCGUCGGCAGGGUGUCACAAUGCAAUUUAUGUCCUGCAAGGAUGGAAGUCUCUGCUGAUGCCACUGUUCUUUCGGUGCCAGCUGUGACUUUGGUUGCUUAGAAUGUCACAGUGAUGGCAGGCAGAGAAAUUCAAUCUCUUCAUUUUAGUUGGUUGCUCAAAAAGCUUGUUGGUGAAGAAAGUAAGUCAGAACAUAGUCUUUUAAAUCUUUUGCUGCUUAAAACUUGUUGGUAUCUUUAUUACUUACUAAUUACCAAAAUUAAAUCAUACUUUCAAGGCUUUCCCCAAUAUGUUCACAUUUAUUUUGUCAUG